AUGUUUAUUCUUAAAUCACUUUGUGUCUGGGCAAUAGUCGUAGAAAUUACAGUGUGUCUAUCUCCAACCGCCAUAGUAGCCAUAGCGAAAAUUCAAAACAAAAAAGCUAAAACCCUUGCUUCCGCGCUAAACUGGAAAAUUAAAAACGGCUACAAAAGAGCUUUAGCGAAGUCAAAAAAGCCUAGAGCACUUCUAGGAGAUCGAUUUAUCAGAGACGUAGGAGUACACGAUGACUUAGAUGGAGUUAAUUUCAAUGAUUUACCAUCGGAUCAUGUUAACAAAUUCACAGAUGAAAAAUUGUCAGGUAAUUCUGGUAUGGAAAAAGAUCUAAAUAUUAAUUCCGAUAAAAUUAAAGGAAAGUCUAGCGAAGAAAGUUCGAGCUCGAGCCAAGAAGAAUCCAGUGAAGAAAAAUCCAGCAAAGAAAAAUCCAGCAAAGAAAAAUCUAGCAAAGAAAAUUCCAGCAAAGAAAAAUUUAGCGAAGAAAAUACUGGUAGUAACGAAAAAUAUGGUGAAAAUUAUUACCCAGAAUACCAAGCCCCAUCGUACGGAUUCUAUGAUGAAUAUUCCGGAUAUCAAUCAAGAUCAGCAAAUCCACGUCCAGCCUUUGAUCACGAUACACCUUUUUUCAAUCAACACUUUCCAUUUUUUCAAAAUCACAGAGGAGAUCAUCAGCAAAAUAUUGCAUUUAGUUUUGAUCAAGGAAAUGAAGAUCCUGGAGUAAACAUUAAUUUUUCUUUAGAUCGUGAACGUAAUGCCUUUGUAAACAAACAGAAAAAAUUGUUCCUAUGGCCGAAACCAAACACUGAUAAAAUAUACUAUAAGACGGACCCUAAAGAAAUAUAUAAACCAAAACCUGUUGAAAACUAUUCAUAUGAAUCUGAAGAGUAUCAUUCUGAAGAAAAAAAAGAUCCGGAAUAUGGUUCUAAUCAGUACGGAUACUCAGUUCCUAGACCAAUUCCAAAUUUAUACCCCAUCAAAAUACUUCCACCAAAACUGGACGGAAAAAUUUCUAAAAUAUUCAAUGUCAAACACGACGGAGUUGAUAAUUUAAUCGAAUUACUUCACGAAAACGGAGAUCUACUUUUCGACAUGCUUCGUCCAAUUACAACGCAUUUUGAUUCUUCGAUGUUACACCACUUAGAACAUCUAAAUAACGUUCAUGAUCUUGCUAGAGAAGCACCCGAGGAGCAUGAUAUGCCACAGGGAUAUGUAGGUGCACCCUUACAACCGCCAGAUAUUCAUUAUGAAGAGAUACCCACAAUUCAUUUGGAUAAUAAUUCUAAAAAUCCGACUGUCGGUACUAUUAUACAAAUCCCGAAUAACUAUUACAACAAUCGUUUUGGAAGAUAUGCAAGAUCUAUUAGUGACGAAAAAAAUUUGAAAACUAUAUUAGAAGAAGGUACUAAAAUUUUAAAUUUUUUAAAGAAAAUAGGUCAUAACGAUGCAAAAGUUAUGAUGAUUACACGUCUUGGCAAUGAAGUUUUGACGGAUUUAAAAAAUAAAUUGGAGAAAAAGAUUGAGAAACGUAGUGUGCCUGUAACUCCUUUGUUAAUCGACCCUUCCACAAAAAUAGAUGUUUCAAAAACAUUAGAAAACUUGGGCACGCUCGCCAAGACCAUAUUCGAGCAUCAAGAUACGCCCAUGCUCCAUGUGAGAAAUUUGGUAGGCUCUACAAAGGAUACAGUGCUAGCAACAUUGAAAAUACCAAAUCAAAAUUUUAUAACACCUUCUGGAUAUGAUAUUGUAGACAAUCCAAAUAAGAAUGAAGUUUUACAAAGUGAAAUUCCUGAAUUUUCGUCGAGGUUUGGGGAAGGAGAUGAAAUUAAAUCGUUUUGGCCUCAGGAACUGGUUACGUCAACAUUUCAACAAGUUGGUCAAGUGAUCCGCAACAGCGUUAGAUCAAGCCAAGAAGCCAUAAAUCAUGUAGGAGAAAUAACGAACCAUGCCAAAAAAGCCAUAUACAGUGCUAAAAAAGCUCCCGAAAUUAUAAUGCAAUCAAUCGCACCAAUACCUUUGAUGCCGUCCACACAAAACGUUGGUAUUGCAUCAAGAUUUGGCGGUGAAGAUGACACUGUUGGAGAUGUAGAGAAAAAACCUGAAGGAAAAUUUAUUAACAUGGGUCAUAUUUUGGAUGCUGUUGGUAUCUCCAAUCCUGUUAGAGAACUUCCUAAAAGUUUAGAUGACGAAGGCUAUGCCAAUAAAAUUUGGAAAGAUUUGAAUGGCGUAAAGGACAGUUUAGGAUUCAACGAUAUUCACGAUUUUGUAGUUCAAAUGAAGGAAAAAUUACAGGAAUUUAAACAUAGUAAUCCUUUGAAAAUAAAACAAAUUCAAUGUGCAGGAAAACGAUUUAAAAGAAAUAUUGACGAUCAAUAUUCACAUGAAAACCCUUUUGAAGAAGGAACCGACUUUGACUCGUCUCAAAACCCAGACACUCUUGGUAUAAGUUUCAUCCCUCAAGGUUUAAUUCAUCCAUUUUUGAAUCUUCAACCUUUUGUUCUUGACAGAAAUCAACAAGCGAAUCCAACAGAAUUUUUCCGCCAUGCUGAAGGUAGAACUGCUCACGAAGGAAAUUUGGAUAAAGUAAUUCGUGAAUUCUCAAAAUCCGCUCCGGCGAAAUGUCCCUUUGCACAACAGUUUGGCAUAUGUCCACUUAAUUCACUAAUUUCGGAGCAACUUAAAAAACUAUCAGAUGAACAACAUUUGGCACCGUUUCUGGGUGAAUCUAAUCCGGAAAUGAUGGAACAACCAUUUAACCAACGUAUUAGAGAAAGUGACGUAGUGCGAUCACCAGAUGAGGAUUUUAGACGAGAAGAAAACCAACCAUUUGAACCAAUUGUAGGACAAGAUUUUUAUUCAGAAAUGCGUUCGGAAUAUGAUGAAAAUGGAUACCCAUUUUAUAAAUAA